UCAAUCUCCACGACUCAGGCUCCUCCCAUCGACAUGACCAAGCUUGCUAUUUUUGACAACGAGUCCGUGGUUGACGUCAAGUGCCAAGCCAAAAACCAGUGGAAUGUGCAGCCAUCGGACUUCGCGAACCUCUGCUCCAACCCCAUUCGGAAAAUCGUGGAUAGCAUCAAGAAGCCAGCGACUUCGACCAAGACUCUGAUCCCGCUGUCGCUAGGUGAUCCGACGGUGUUUGGUAACUUGCACUGCCCCGAUGUAUUGGUGCAAGCGGUUGUCCGUAACACUCGUUCCAUGCAGCAUAAUGGCUACAUUCACUCGGCUGGCUCCGAAACUGCUCGUGUAGCAAUUGCUCAGCACUUUGGAAACAAGCGUGCUCCGCUGACAAUGGACGAUAUCAUCAUCGCCAGCGGCUGUUCAGGUGCCAUCGAGAUUGCACUACGAGGCCUUCUGAACUCUGGUGACAACAUUCUCCUGCCCAAGCCUGGGUUUCCAUUGUACCAGGCGCUAUGUGAAGCGCACAAGAUUGAGUGCAGAUUCUACAACCUCAAGGUACGUUUUGUCGAUCUCGAGCACAUGCAAUCUUUGGUUGAUGAAAAUACGAAGGCUAUUCUGGUCAACAACCCCUCGAACCCAUGCGGCAGUGUGUACUCGAAGACUCACUUGGAAGCUAUCCUUGCCUUGGCAGAGGCGAACAAGAUCCCUAUUAUCGCGGACGAGAUCUACGGUGACAUGGUAUUUGGGAGCAACGUGUUCUUCCCCAUAGCUACGCUGACGAAGACGGUUCCGGUGGUUGCGGUGGGUGGCUUAGCGAAGCAAUUUCUCAUCCCUGGCUGGAGAGUCGGCUGGGUCAUGGUGCACGACCGCAACGAUAUCUUGAAAGACGUGCGUACCGCUUACUUUAAGCUCUCACAGAACAUCCUUGGUGCAAACUCUCUCGUCCAGAGUACUAUCCCAGAUUUGCUGACGCCGGUUCCUGGCAGUGCCGAGGAGCAGUCGUUGGUGGACUUCAAGAAGCGAUACUUCGCAACUCUGGAGGACAAUGCCAAGUUUACCAUCGAUACCCUUGCAAAGAUACCGGGUCUCGCGGUGGCGGUACCGCAGGGCGCGAUGUACGCGAUGGUGAAAGUCCAAACGGAAGUUCUCACGAAGAUCAAGGACGAUUUCGACUUCACACAGAAACUGCUUGACGAGGAGUCUGUCUUCGUGCUGCCCGGUCAGUGCUUCGGAAUGACCAACUACUUCCGCAUCGUGUUUUCGGCGCCGCACGAAGUUCUUGCGGACGCCUACACUCGAGUGUCCGAGUUCUGCAGACGUCACCAGUGA